AUGUCUCUGGCGAGGCAGAAUGCGAGAAAAUUCUUGAGCCUCGAGCAAGUGUGCUUGAUUGAAGAGAUUUUUGACGAUCGCCAGUUGAGGACGCAUAUUUUUGAGUUGCUUUAUGAUUAUUCGGAAAAUGCUGGUACCCCGGAAUAUCAAAAUUGGAGGCUUUUGCUAGAUGAAAUCGACAAUGAAAUUUACGAGCCACGUCAUUACAGGAUCUUCAAACUCAUUCUUGAAAUUUGCAAUGUCAACCACUUGAGGGCAAUCGCUAUCGAUCCAAGGGUUCCGCAUCCGAACAAUAAUUUUGCAAUUUUGACCAGUGUCUUCAAAACGGAAACUGACUCCCUCGGCCUAACCCUGCGAAACUACGUGAACCCAAAUGGCUCACCAGAACUUUACGUCGCUACAGUCAGCUCAGGACAGCUUUCCGAUAACGCUGGCCUAAAGCCUGGCGAUAGAAUCCACGCAGUCAACAAAGCAAUCAUUAAAAAUCUACAAGAUUUUAAAAUUGCCAUUAUGUCAGCAAAAACGAAUUUGAAAGAAUUCACAAUUACAGUCGAAAAAGUCGGUUUCAUCCCUUCAACAAUGGGCAGCGCUCAGCAUAAGAAAAUCGUCUGGAACAGAGUGCCCGAUUAUAAAUUUAACCAAGAAGAAAUCCCGAUUCGGAUGAAUUUGAGCAGCUUUAAUUUGUCGUUUUGCUCGCCAGGCGUUUUUAUCAUGCAAGCAAGUUCAAAGCGCGAUCAAAACUUCACCACCGCCAGAAUCGGCGACGAAGUCACAGAAAUCAACGGCGUCCGGACUCUAGAAAUGAGCCGCGACGAGUUCGAAGUCCUCCAAUCUCAAGGAAUUGCAGAAGUCUUCUACAGAGAAUCGACUUCAGAAGAUUUGGCUAAAUUGAUUGCUAGAUUGAGCCACGCAGGAAUGAACUGGAAUCAAACGGAGCUGGAUAAAUUGAAUGAAAGGCAUCAAAUUCUGUUUCAGCGGGAAGCUACUGAGGAUAAAAACAAGCAUUUGCAACGGUCAACAUCGCGCUUUACCGAGAUGAACUCUUUUGUCAAACCAAGCAAAUAUUAUCCCGACACUUCCUGCAUGGAUUCCUUGGAUAUGAAGGAAGAAACGGACCCAAGAAACAGCUUCCUGGGAAUGCCAGAUGUGAACAUGGACAAGUCGGAGGCGGAAAUUGAUGAAGUUGUUGAAGAGCUAGAAAAUUUAGCUGAAGAAGAACUUUCGCGACAGUCUGUGCGCUCGGUAAAUUAUCAUGGCAGCGGAAGUGCGUUUGUGACAGCGAAGGCUUUGGCGCCUAGAAAUUCUGUUGAGGAACCUGACACGAGCUCUUCCGGUGUUGACGAGCCUCAAGCUCCAUCUGAUGUAUCUUCCGAACCAGAGCCCGAACCAUCAAUCGACUCCGGACCAGAAGACCUCGCCCUCCCAGACCCUGAACCAGAAAGCGAUGAAGAACCAGUUCAAGCACCCGAAGAAGUCGAGAAAGAACUGAUCCCGAAAAUAAGUGCCCUGGAGAUGAAAUUUCUCAAAAUGUUGAAAGAAAACUCAAACAUGGCAUCGACGAUCCGAAUUUCAACACCAUCGAGUAUGCGGCCAAGAGCGGAUAUGGUGCUGCAUUUGAAGAUAGAUUUUGAUGAAAAUGCGAUGAUCGUCUUUUGCAGGAAUAAGUUCUCGCAAAUUGCGGUGAAGGAAACUACAGUCGAUGAAAUUCGACCAGGAGAUGAAAUCGUGAAGAUAAGAACAUUGAAAGUAAAAGAAAUGAAUUCAAGUUUAUCUGCUGUUGAAGGGACUGUUUUGCUCAUGUUGGUUUUUGCCUGGCUCUAUUUGGUUUAUUGGACGGAUACGGUUUUUGAACAAGUUGUCAUUAAUCCCUCAGAGCUAACAAGAACUCAGCGUCAAAACUUUCUCGAUCGUCAGCGCCGAAGUUCCUUCCGGAAGCUCUCUUCAGUCUUUGGAAAUGACCCAAACGAGUCUCGACGACUGUCUCAAAAGCCCAAUUUCCUCGAAGUCUCUGCCGCUCAAACUCAAUCUCGCCAAAAUGUUUUCGGAUCUAUGUCGUCUUUUUCUUCCUGCCCGAGUCAAAAAUAA